AUGAAAUGUAAUUUUAAGAUAGAUACAAAAAGAAGGAAUUUUAAUACAAAUAAUUAUAAUUCAUUAAACAAAAAAAGAUAUUUAUCAAAUGAUUAUACAGAUAAUGAUAAAAAAAUGAGUAAUAAAUCAAAAGAAAACAAAUUUUAUAAAAGUUAUUCAUCAAAAAAGUUAAAUGAUUUCGCUAAUAAAGAAAAGUACGAAAAAACAGAAAGAAUGUAUUUUGAAAAUAACAUAAACAAUAUUAAAAGAAUUGGAAGUUCUGAUAAUCAUCAAGAAAAAAAAUAUAAAGAAAAAAAUAUGUUUAACAAAUAUGGUGAAAAUUCAUACAAAAAAUAUUAUUAUAAAUCAAAUAAUUAUCAUCAAGAUGAAAAAAAAAAUUAUAUUAAUAAUAAUUAUAAUAUGAAAAAUAUAUAUAAUACAGAUAAUGAAAAAAAUGAUUCUCCUAAUUUUAAAAAAGGUAAUAAAAAUAAAAAAGAUGAGGAAAAUUUAGUUGAAAGUUUAAAAAGUGAACAUGAAGAAACAUACUUUAAUACUUAUAAUAGUAUUAAUAAUCAAAGGCAAAUUCAAAAAACAAAAAGUACCCAUAUAAAAGGAAAUCAAAAUGUUAUAAAUCAAAAUAGUUUUAAUGUAUCAAAUUGUAACAUACAAAACGAGGAAUAUUUAUUAAAGAAUAAUAGAAAUGAUAAUUUAUAUUUAUAUAAAAAUAAUAUAAAAAAUUUUAAUAAAUUAAAUGAAAAUUAUGGAAAUAAUGAAUUAGGAAUAAUAAUUCAGAAUUCUUAUGAGAAAGAUUCACAUAAUUCAUUUAAUAACAUUAAUGAAACAAUGUAUAAAAGUACAGAUAAAUUAAAUACGAAAACAAGAGAUAAUAUUAACAGUUAUAAUUAUAAUAUGGAUAAUAUGAAUUACAAUAAUGACAAUAAUAAUUAUAGAAAUGAAUAUUAUAAUAAUGAUAUUUAUAAUAAUGAAUAUUACAAUAAUGAUAAUUAUAAUUAUUAUAACUGUGAAAAUAAUAAUAAUUACAAUAAUAUUUAUCACAAUAAUAUCAAUAAUAAUGAUCAUAUCAAUAAUAAUGAUAAUAGGAAUAAUAAUAAUAAUAAUAAUGCUUCAAACGUUAAGUAUAAAAAUAGUUAUAAUAAUUAUUAUAAUAAAAAUUAUAAGUUUCAAACAAAUUAUAGAAAUAAUGAUAAUUAUUCUUACAAUUGUACACAAAAUAGAGGAAAACAUGAAGAAAGUAAAAUUAGUUCUUCCUUAACAUUUGAGUUAGAUAAACAAAAUAUAAAAAUAGAUGAAAACAAUAAGAUGGUUAAUAGCAAAAUCAUUUAUAGAGAUAGUGAUUAUUGUUUUUCAAAACAUGAAGAAAAUAUACGUUUAUACAUUAAAGAAAAUAAUGUAAAUUAUAAUAGAAAGGAUAAAGAAAAUUUUGAAAUAUUUAACAAAAAUGAAAAAAAAAAACAUGAAAAUGAUUAUUUUUCCAAAAAAAUACAUGAAAGUGAUAAUAUUUAUAAUAAUUAUAAAGAGAACAAAGAAAUUAGCAUAGAUGAUAAUUAUGCAAAGGGAAAAGAAAAAAAGAUAACAAAAAAGGAUAAUAGUAUAAUGAAACAUCAUAAUUAUUAUAAAAGUAAUAAUAUUAACAGCUAUGGGAAUUGUAGUAAUAAUAAAAAUUAUAGGCACAAUUAUAAUAACUAUAAUAAUAAUAAUAUUGAUGAUUAUAAUAAUUAUUAUAAUAAUAGGAAUGAAUUUGAUAUAUAUAAAAAUGAAAAGAAGGAUUAUAAGAAUUAUGAAAAUAAUAAUAAGGUAAAACCAAUAUUAUAUAAAGAUACAAAAGAAAUUCACAGAGAAAAAACAAAAAAAAUCUUAUUAACGGAAGAUAUUAGAAAUAAUGCUCAAAGUAAUAUAGAAAAAUUAUCUAUUUAUAAAUCAAGGGAUCAAAUAAUUGAAAUGAUAAACAAAAAUGAUAUCACUUUUAUACAUGGGGAAACAGGUUCAGGGAAAUCAACAUGUGUUCCUAAAUUUUUAUUUGAAGAAAAUUUAAAAAGAAACAAAAAUAUAAAUAUUAUUAUAACUGAACCAAGAAGGAUUGCAUGCAUCUCCUUAUCAAAAAUAUUAUCCGAGUUAACUAAUGAAAAAUUAGGAGAGAAAAUUGGUUAUAGAAUUUCUGGAGAAUCUUUAUAUGAUAAUGAAAAGACAGUAAUUACAUAUAUAACAAUUGGAUAUCUAUUUAAGCUAUUUUUACAUCAUAAAAACAUUUAUAAGAAAUUUACACAUGUAAUAAUUGAUGAAAUACAUGAACGUAGUAUACUACUAGAUAUUGUAUUACUAUUCAUAAAGUUGUAUUUACAUAACAAAAAAAAAGAAGAACAAAUGUUUAAAUUAAUUAUUAUGUCAGCAACUAUGCAGAGCAAUUUAUUUUACUCAUAUUUUAAACAUCCCAAUAUAAAAAUGGAUUCUAUAUUCAUAGGAACAAAAAUAUACAAUAUUGAUACCUUUUAUAUUGAAGAUAUAAUAAAUUAUACAAAAUAUGAAAAUUAUUCAUCAAAUGUAUGUUCAUUGAAAAAUGAGAAAAACGAGAAUAGUAAUAAUAAAGAAGAUUAUAUUAAUGAAAGUGUGAUAGAAUUUAUACUUAGAAAAAAAAAUUGUAAAAAGUUACAUUUAUCUAGUAGCUCAGAAAUGUUACUACAUAAAAUAAAAAAUGAAUAUGAUAAAAAUAUAUAUCUGUUUAACAAUAAAAGUACAGAACAUAUAGAAAAUAAAGAUUUAGACGUGGAUGAAAUAAUACCAGCAAAUGUUUUUUCAAAUAUAUCUAAUCUCUGUCUUGAAUUAGUUUAUAAUUUAUGUUUAAAUGGAGAUAGUGUCUUAAUAUUUUUAUCAGGAAUGCAAGAUAUAACAGAUAUGUAUCAUCAUUUAAGUAUUUUAAUAAAUAAUUCCUCUAAUAAUUAUGACAUUAAGUUUAAUAUUUACAUGUUACAUAGUUGUUUAUAUGACAACACAAUUCAUAAAUUAAAAGGAAAUGAUACAGACAUCAAUAUUUUCUUAUCAUCCAACAUAGCUGAAAGCUCAAUUACUAUUCCUAAUGUAAGACUAGUAAUUGAUUUUUGUAUACAGAAAAAUAUUGAAUAUAAUGCAAAAAAAAAGGCUCAUAUUUUAGUAAAAAAGUGGAUAAAUAAAUCAUCAAUGGAACAAAGAAAAGGAAGAUGUGGAAGAACUUGUCAUGGUAUUUGUAUAAGAAUGAUAAGUAAGCAUUUUCUAAAUUUAUUAAGAGAUCAUAAGAUAUCUGAAAUUUAUACACAUAGCUUACACUUAUUAUAUUUAUAUAUUUUAAAAAGUAUGUAUGUGUUAAAUAGAUUAAUAAAUAGAAAUAAUUCCUGUAGUGAUAAUACUAGUAAUAAUAAAUACAAGCAAAAAAAAUUAACUAUAUAUGAUGUACUAAGUAUGAUUAUAGAAAAACCAUCAAAAAAAAAAAUAAAAAGUACUAAAUACGAAUUAGAAAAAGUCAAAGCUAUAAUUAAAAUAAAAAAUAAAUUAGUGAUAUCUAUAAUUGGACAAAUUAUGAUUCGAUUUAAUUUAACUAUUAAUUUUUGUAGAUUGUUAUUAUACGGUAUAAUAUUAGAUUUAACUUUUGAUUCUAUAAUUAUUAUUAGUAUAUUAAUUACUAAUGAUAUUUUUCCUACUUUUAAUUUAUACUCAUCUAAAAAUAUUUAUUCUUAUGGUGUUUCAUUACAAUUGUCAUUAAAACAAAAAAGCUAUUUUGAUGGAAAGACUUACUCAGAACCCAUUAUGUUGAGAAACGUUUUUUUAGAAUGGUUAUGUAUUUUUUUAUUAUAUAUUCAAACAUUAAAAAAUGAAAAUAAAUUUAAUAAAAAUGAUUUAAAAAGUUAUUAUAUUAACACAUGUACUAUUAUGAAUAAAAAAAAUUAUAUUAAUGCAAAAAAGUUGUUGUGUGUUAUUAAUAGUGUUGAGAACUUAAGUAGAAAAGUGUUAAAAAUAUUAAAUAAAAAUAGUAAUGCUUAUAAGUCUUCUAUUUAUUUAUUAAAACUUUUAAGAGGAAAUAUUUGUGAAAAUGUAAAUGUGAAAAAUGUUUUUUUUAUAGUUACCAAAUAUUCUUAUUAUGAUUAUUCUAAUCAAAAUCUUUAUUUAAAAUUUCUGCUUUCUUUAUCAUUUACACCAUUAUUUAUACACGGAACUCCAAAUUUACCACUAAAAGACUUGAAUGAUGGUAAAAAAAAAAGCAAAAAAUUGUUAAAUGUGCUAAAUUUUGUAACAGAAAAGAAAUUAAACAUAAAAAAUUGUAUUUAUUUUAGUGGUGUUUAUAUAUAUGAUAUCAACAUUUUAAAAAAAGCUUUGUAUAUAAUGUGCCCAUAUUUAUCAUUUGACGUUUAUUAUAAUAAAAAUACUUAUUUUGUUCAUUUUAAUAAUAAAGGAAUUAAUAAUUAUUUGAAUAGUUGCCAAAAUAAAAUGAUUAGUAGUUCUAUUUAUAAUAUAAACAAAGAUAAUAAUAAUGACGAAGUUAAAAACAGCGAUACCUACAGCAAUGAUGGAAAUUACAAUUAUAGUAAUAACAAUUUAUUAAUAAAUCAUUAUUUAAAUACCAAUAACAAUUUAGAUAAUUUUAAUCAAGUUAACAAAAUUGUAAACAGCAAUGUUUUUAUGAAUCAUUUUUCUGGCUCAUUUUCAAAAAGAAUUGAUCCAAAAAAUUAUCAUGAAAUAAUUGAAAAAAUAAAAAGUGAAUUAAUUUAUAUGUAUAAUAAUAAUGUAGAAAAAAAUAUUUUUACUAAUUUCUAUAGCAACAUUCUUAAUUUAAUUUCUCCAGUUGAUGCAAUAUUUCCCGUUUAUAAAAAUCAGAAUGAUGAAAUUAACAAUAUAUCAUUAAGUACAAAUAUUAUUAAUAUGUUUUCUAAUGGAAAAUGGAAUUUUUCUCUUCCAUUAUACAACAAUAAUAAAAAUUCAAAUGAUAUUAGUGAUUACUUUAAUCAUAAUUAUGAACUAAAAAAACCUAAACAUUUAUUUUUAGUUAAAUGGAUACUACUUAAUACAGAUAAUUAUAAAAUAAAAAAGAAUAAACAAAAAAAUAGUAAUAAUGAUAAUAACAAAGAAGAUGAAAAUAACAACUGUAAAGAAAAUAGUGAAAUAAAUGAAAAUUAUAACUUAUCAUUUUAUAAAGAAAAUUCCGAAAAAAAUAGAAACUAUUUAAAAUAUGAUAUAAUAAAUGACAAUAAUAAAAAUUAUCAGAAAAGUUCUAUGAAAAAUACAGAUCAAAGAUAUUAUAUGAAAAAUGAAAAUGGUAAUAAUGAAAACCACCUUGAAUUUAAAAAUAAACAAGCAAAUGAUAAUGAACAUAAUAUUAAUGAAUAUAAAAAUGAGGAUAAAAAAAUAAAACAAAUAAAAAAAGAAAAGGAAAACUCAACAGAAAAUGAAGUAUAUAGUAGUUAUGAUGAGGUAGAAGAUGAUGAUAAUGAUAGUGAAAAAAACUCUAAUGAGUAUAAUUAUGAGAACAAUAAAAAUGAAAUUAUUUAUGAUUCAAGUUCUGUAUGUAGCGAACAAAAUAAAAAAAUGAAACAAAAAAAAAUGAAAUGUAAUUUAAAUUUUAGAUCAGUUCUAGGAUUUUUAUCAUUAUGUCCAUUUGUUUAUGAUUUACAAAAAAAUAUUUAUGAAAAUCAAACUUCUGAUAUAUAUGCUGUUUGUGCAAGUAUUGAUUAUAGUUGUACUAAUGAUGCAUAUACGUGGGUUAAUUAUGCUACAGUUAUUCCAAACAAAUAUUUUUUAAGUUUUUUUUUAUCCUCUUUACCUUAUCAUGACAAUGUUAUUUUUCAAACAAGGACAAAUUUAUUAAAUACUGAUAUUUUAUCUAUAAACAUAUUUGAUUCAAAAGAGAUACUUUUUAAAAAUGUUAAAAAGAAUAAAAAUAAAAAUAAAUUAAAUGAUUCAUAUUCUAGCAUAAAUAAUACAAAUAUUAACAAGUAUGAUUUAAUAAGAAUAAAUUAUGUCAGAUAUGUGCUAUCUAAAAUUUUGUUAUCAUUUACAUUAGCAUAUAAUAAUUUAGAAGAUAAAGAAAAUAAUGAUUUUAUUAUCAAAAAUAUCAGUAAUGAUAUUUCUAUGAAAAAUGAGAGAAUUCAUAAUUUAUAUGAUAAUUUUAAAACAUAUUCUUCAAAAAAUGAAAAGAAUGAAAUUCAUCAUUUAAAAGAACAUUGUUUAAAUCAAACGAAAACUAAAAAUAAGGAUACUGACUCGGAAGAGAUAGAAGAAGAGGAUUAUUUUAGUGAAAAUGAUGAAUUAAGUGAUAUUGAGGAGAAUAACAUAUUAAAAGAAAAUUUAUAUUUAAAAAAAAUUAUUUUAAAUAUGAUAGAUGAAAAUAAUACUGAAAAAAUAAAUUACAAUAAUUAUAAAAUUGAAAAUUCAGAUGACCACUUUAAUUUAAGUUACUUAUAUAAUGAUGAAAAUUUGGAAGAUUUAAAUGAAAAGUGGAAUAAUUGUAAGGGUGAACAUCUAAUUAAUAAAUAUGAUUAUUUAUGUAAUUUUUUAAAAAGUGAGCAAAAUUUUUAUACAUCAAAAAAUAUUAAAGAAAAGACAUUAAAUUCUACCUCAUUAGUAAAAAGUUGUUAUUUGAAUAAUAAUUUUUCUGUACAAAUUUUAAAUUCUAUUAAUGCUUAUACUAAUUCAGAUUUAGAAGAAUUUAUCUUUUUUCAGCCAAUUAAUUUUUCAUCAAUCAAAAAAAUUAAUUUUCAAUUAAGAUCUAUUUAUUAUAAUGAGCACUCAACUAAUGAAAAUUUUUGA